CAGCGUUAAGUCUUUUCGACUCAUCAUCUCCAAAAUAGACAGGUCGAAAGAAAUGGCUUGCAAAACGAUACUGCGUUCCGUUUUCGUAUCGGAAUCACGGCGUACUUCCGGCGCCAGUAGAUGCUUCUUUCUCCCUCCUUCUCCAGCAUCAGUUCCAGUCCAUGGUUUGUUCCCGGCGCCAAAGAGUCUAUGUUUCAGUGGUUUCGCGUCUGCUCCCGAGCGGUCCACUCGGCUUAAUUGCAGCCAUAACGAUCAAUCUGAUCAAGGUCCACCUCAAGAAGCUGUUCUCAAGGCGAUUUCAGAAGUGUCAAAGACUGAUGGGAGGGUUGGAAAAACUACUAAUAUGAUUAUUGGAGGCACUGUGGCUGAUGAUUCUGCUAAAGACUGGCUCGAACUUGACCAAAAGGUCAAUACAUACCCAACAGAGAGAGGUUUUACUGCAAUUGGGACUGGUGGCGAUGACUUUGUGCAUGCUAUGGUUGUUGCUGUUGAAUCUGUUAUUGAACGUGAAAUUCCAGAGGAUUGUGUGAAGCAGACGUUAUCAAGCAAAGGCAAAUAUGUAUCGGUGAAUAUUGGCCCUAUCCGAGUUGUCUCUAGCGAACAGGUUCAAGCUGUGUAUAAUGCAAUGAGGAGAGACGAAAGAAUGAAAUACUUCUUGUAGGUUUGAAGUGUGUAGAAUCACGGGUCUUCCCUCUUCUCUCUUCUCCAUUGCUACUAUGUAAAUUAUGCAGUGUAAGGCCAUCAUUAAUUAUUAUUUUUGCUUAUCUACACCAACUACGUCAUCCUUUAUUUGUUAGACAGUUCUUAGAAAAUGUCUUAUGCAUCGGGGAGAAUUA